AUGUGUUUGUUUAUUUCAGGGAUAGACUUCAAGAUUAAAACUGUUGAAUUACAAGGAAAGAAGAUCAAGCUACAGAUAUGGGACACGGCAGGGCAGGAACGAUUUCACACCAUCACCACCUCCUAUUACAGAGGUGCCAUGGGCAUCAUGCUAGUAUAUGACAUCACCAAUGCCAAGAGCUUUGAAAACAUCAGCAAGUGGCUCAGAAACAUAGAUGAGCAUGCCAACGAAGACGUGGAGAGGAUGCUGUUAGGAAACAAGUGUGACAUGGAAGAUAAAAGAGUUGUCCCUAAAGCAAAAGGCGAACAGAUUGCUAGGGAGCACGGUAUUAGGUUUUUCGAAACUAGCGCAAAAGCAAAUAUAAACAUUGAGAAGGCAUUCCUCACAUUAGCAGAAGACAUUCUUCGAAAGACCCCUGUAAAAGAGCCCAACAGUGAAAAUGUAGAUAUCAGCAGUGGAGGUGGGGUGACGGGCUGGAAGAGCAAGUGUUGCUGAACGUUCUCCUAUAUCACCAAUCGCCAUCCACCGCCCCUUUUUUCUCGCUGCAAAACAAACCACUCUGCCUGUUUUUAACCUUAAACCAAUGUUUUGUUCCUCAUCUUAACCAGCUCCUGUCUCCCUUUGUUUUUCCGUUUAGGACAGCUUGCAUACUAUAAUUUUCUCAACCACGUGUAUAGGAAAAUCAUCUCUGUGACUAUUUUUUUUUUUUUUUU